CUUCUCCACAUUCCCCAUCCUCUCGUUUCUGUACAUACUAUUUCGCAUGCACACCCUCCUUUAUGGCCACUAUCUUUAAUGCUUCCUCUCCUUCUCAGUCACCCAUACCUUCCUCUCCGGCGGUCCCGUUCACAGCGCACAACCAGCUCUUGCUCUCGUGCGCCUGCUUCGCCUCGCUCGCCCUCAUCUCUACCAUCACCGGGUUCUUUCUGCACAACAAACGAAGGCGGCGCGUGAAUGUGGACAUCGAGGCUCAGCAUCUUCCAAACACACCCCUCGAAGCAUCCUUUUCAACUAUCUUGGCUCCUCCGCUCACGCCAACACCGUUCACACCAACUCCAUUCACGCCGACUCCGCCAAACCGCCAGUCGAUCUUUGGAUCGUCUUCUCCACGCCCGGGAUCUCCUGCUAGGGGAAGGGACUCGCCGUCCAAACCGCGUUUCUUGUCAACCACUGUUUCUGCUGUGGACCCGUGCUUCCGAGACUCGGACGCUGCGUUGGUAAGGCCGAGGCUGAGACUUGGAUCCGUGAAUGCGCGUGGGCGGAAGGGCGAUGUAGACGCUCCGAGAAUGAGACCCAUGUUGAGGCUGGGGCUGGACGAUAUGGAUGCGGGGUUGUGGGCGAGGGAGGCCAGCGUGAAUCUGGACGAUGUGUUUGAGGUGUCGUCUCCCGCUUUAUGGGAGGGCCAUGACGACUUUCCUCCGCUGGCACUGCCGAAAAAGAAGGAAGCGCGCGAUCGAGUGCGGCGAUAUGGUCUCGUCGACAUCGCCGUGUCGAUCGAGUACAGCACCGACGACGGGAGCCACGUCCGACUCUCGAUGAAGGCCUCGUGCUCGGCAGAGCAUAUACAGAAUGCACUGAUGAAGCUCAUCGGCGCCACGCGGCGGUCGCACUCCUCGUCGAAGGCCAAAUCGCCCAUACCCGCAGAACCCACCAUUGCGCCGGCUUCAUGCUCCGCUGCCAGUGCCAAAUCCGGGCCGAGGCCGCGGCCCCGACCGCGUCCGCUGAGGUCCACACCGCAGCGCCGCUUCACGGACGAUCCCAACACGUGCCAGAGCGCAUCUAUGCCCUGCCCGCGCACGAACUCGCCGCUGACGGUGUCGUUCGUGUGGCCCAUGCCGCGGGGCGUGUCGCUCCCGCUGUUCUCGCCGUCGCUCACGCAUGCGAACAUGCAGAUGUGCGGGUGCCGGAGCUUUCUGUCUAUGGACGACGAGGACGAGCGCGACGGCGGCAGCGGCGGUGGUGAGCCGGCGUCGACUGUGUUCAAUAAGCUUGUCAAGGGCACGCGGCCGGGCUUGGGCAGGAUGCGGGCGUUUGCUAGAUCGGAUUUGGGCGAGAAGGCGGGCGCUCAGAGGUAUUGUAUUCUUGGUGCGGGGUCGGUCUCUGGCGUUUCUUCUGGUUGUGGGUACGAUAGGUGGGUGUCUAGGACGGGUGGGACGAUUUCUGCUUCUGCGACUGUCGCCACUGUGCAGACGCCUCGCGUUCCGUUUAUGGCUCUACCGAGGCUGUCGAUGGUGGUGGAGGACGACGAGAGUCUACGAGCGCUGCAGCUGCGAGAACGUGUGUCGGUCGACGAUACGACAAGAGCUCAGACUGAGAGUGCUCCUGGUGUAUCUUGUUUCUCCGUGUCUUGCGAAGGCGACUGCGAACGACUUAUGGAUAGUACUUUCGCUCAGGGCUCUUGCGAACGGUCUCUGCCCAUAUUGUCUGUACCUGGCGGUGGAAAUGGCGACUCUCCGGAUCUCCCCUCGAUGAUACAAGCUGCUCUCGAGGAAGAUAUCGUCUCAGACUUUCGCAAAUCACCCCAGGCCACGAAACGUCUAUCUUUGUCUGCGUCUUCGUCUCUGCACUCGUCUCUCCCUGCCUCGAAACUAGCCACCGAUUUUCUCCGGACUUUGGAUAUCUCCUCUAGCGAACCUCUCGCGCCGCCCAAUCCAGCACCCUGGCCUCAGUUCGUAACUCUAAAGCUGCAUCUGUCCUCGAGCCCGGACGUACUCAACGUCAACGUACCCGAAAACAUGUCGCUCGGCUGGCUUGGCUCUAAGGUGCUCUCCAGGCUGAAGCGCGACUCCUGUCGGGACGACUCUGUCGUAGAUCCGGAGAUGAGCUUGAUUUCGGACUCGGAAUCGAGCUUCAACUUGGGCAAUACAAGCUCGAACGUGAGCUUCAAGCUGAGCGCGCGCGCGAGCGGCGCACUCGGGAGCUGUAGGCGGACGAUCAGCGAGGAGCAGUUUGGGGUGUGGCUCCGCCAGAAGGCUGGGAAGGUCAGAGGGAGACAUGGGGCUGUUUCGGCGUAUAUUACGGCGGAGAUGGGGGCUGUUGCUGGGGUGGGGGGCGAUGACGAGUGA